AUGCCACCAAUUCAACAUACCACAUUUACAUCAAGCGAAAAAGAACCUGAAGAAAAUCCUGACGUUACCUUUGACGAUUGGGUUGAAGCAAUCCAAAAAGUUUGGAAUCGGUAUGAUCCAAAAGACCGAAAUAAAAUGACCAGUUCACAUUUAGAAUCAAUCGUGGAUGCAGGAAUGAAGAGAAAAUCUACUAUCGAUUUGUAUGAUGAAUGUGAAAUUCCUACCUCCAAGACGAAAGGGACAUACUAUC